AUGGGCAUAGCCUCCAAGACCAUCAGGAGAUCCUUACAUGCCUUCUUCCGGAGCUACCAGGCCUUCGCCUCGGCCGCUGCUCUCCUGGUCUUCCCCGCCUCGGCCGCCACUCUCCUGGCGCAGUCACUCGACCUCUCUUACCCCGUCCUCCGAACGAUCUCCUCGCGCCUCGCGUUCCUGUUCGACGCCGCCGGGUUCCCUCCGUCCCGCUUCUUCUCCCUCGUCAACAUCAAGCUCUCGCAGUCCAUCUUCACCUUCGUCUCUACUCUUCCUUUCACGCUCACGUUCUUGGUCGCAGCUAAAGCAUCCGUUUACCGGAUCAUCUGCGGAGCUCCUCGCCGCAAUGCAGCUUGCGUUCUCCACCUCUACCCACGCAUCGCGCGGACUUCCGUCUUCAAUUCGCUGUUCGUUCUCUCGGCAAAUGCUGCUGUGUUGUCCCUUCUGUUCCUGGCCUUCAACGUGGUGGACAUGCUUCACCUGUCUUCGAGCAACACCACCCUCGCCCUCUCCGCCUCCGGCGUCAUCCUCUACGCCUUCGUGCUCGCCAAUGGUCACAUGCAACCUCUCCAUCGUCAUCUCCGUCACAGACGGCAGCGGCGGGCAUCUCUCGAUUCUUAA